UUGCCUAUAUUUGCAGACUAUGAAAAUCUACCUUAUAUCCAGGCACUGAUAAGAGAGACUCUGAGGUGGAAUCCUAUUGAUCCUCUAGAUACAUAUCUAAUGUUGAAGUUUCAGGAUGAUUGGUAUGAAGGCUAUUUUAUCCCUGCUAGCACAAUUUACAUUGACAAUAUGUGGGAUGCCAAUGUACCAGAAUUCAAGCUAGAACACUAUCUUGACAAGCAGGGAAGGCUUGUAAAAGCACCUGUGGACACAAGGGACAAGGGACAUAUCAUAUUUGGCUUUGGAAGGAGAAUAUGCAUUGAAAGACAUCUAGCUAACAACUCCCUUUUUAUUAACAUAGCAUAUAUGCUAUAA